GUUUCUCAACCCUUAUACACAAGUACAUAUUGUUUGUAAGCUGUAGCUACUUUGAUGACACUGUCUAAGAAUCUUGCUGAAAUUAUGGACACUUGCAUUAAUUAGGUGUAAAGCUGUUAAGUUAUCAUUAACACAUCACCCGUCAAACUUCAUAUAAAGGUGUUAUUGAAGAUCAAGGUUUCCAUUAAAUUGGAGGCCAUGACACCACUACACGACACUUAAAAAUUAAAAUAACGAAUAUGCUCCUCAUUGAAAUUGUGAAGUUCUUGACACUGGUUGCAAUGUGUGAAGCGAUGACAAUGAAACAAAUCAGAAACACUGGAAAAAUGAUGAGGAAGUCAUGUCAACCAAAGAAUAAUGUUGCCGAUGAACAAAUCGACCCUAUCGCCGAAGGUGUAUUUAACGAAGACAAAGAAGUUAAAUGCUACAUGGCUUGCAUCAUGAAAAUGGCUAACACGAUAAAAAACGGAAAAUUAAAUUACGAAGCAGCUAUAAAGCAAGCUGAUUUAUUACUACCCGAUGAUAUAAAAGAGCCUGCUAAGGAGGCCAUCACAGCUUGCAGAAAAGUUGCGGAUGCCUACAAGGAUAUUUGCGACGCCUCAUUUCAUAUUACCAAAUGUAUCUACACUCAGAAUCCUGGAAUAUUUUACUUCCCUUGAAGAAUUAACAGCUAUUUUAAGAUUUGUUAUUUAAUUAAAAGUAAAGAAUGAA